AUAUACCAUCUUCAAUUUUUCAUAGAAUCGUCCCGAACGUCUUCUUCAACCGAUCUGUCAUUUUGUUUCAUAUUUUCUCGCACUUCCUCGGUCGUAUUCUCGUUCUCUCCUUCUCUAAUCAAUGGACGCGUUCGCGUCGUUCUUCGACUCCCAAUCGGCUUCAAGGAGUAGCUGGACCUACGAUUCGCUGAAGAACUUCCGCCAGAUCUCUCCUGUCGUCCAAACUCACCUUAAGCAGGUCUAUUUGACCUUAUGUUGCGCACUGGUUGCAUCGGCUGCUGGGGCUUACUUGCACAUUCUGUGGAAUAUUGGUGGUCUUCUGACAACUUUUGCGUGCUUGGGAUGUAUGGCUUGGCUACUUUCUGUACCUCCUUAUGAAGAGCAAAAGAGAGUCUCUCUUUUGAUGGCAGCUGCACUUCUUGAAGGGGCUUCAGUUGGUCCUUUGAUUGAUUUGGCCAUUGAGAUCGAUCCAAGUGUUCUGAUCACAGCAUUUGUGGGAACUUCGGUGGCCUUUGGUUGUUUCUCAGCGGCAGCCACGUUGGCAAGGCGUAGAGAAUACCUAUAUCUUGGUGGCUUGCUUUCAUCUGGCUUGUCCAUCCUUCUCUGGUUGCAGUUUGCCUCCUCCAUCUUUGGGGGAUCUGCAGCUAUAUUCAAGUUUGAGCUAUACUUUGGUCUUUUGGUGUUCGUUGGCUACGUGGUUGUUGACACCCAGGACAUCAUUGAGAAAGCUCACGUUGGUGAUUUGGACUAUGUGAAGCAUGCUCUGAACCUUUUCACUGACUUUGUUGCUGUCUUUGUGCGAAUUCUCAUAAUUAUGUUGAAGAAUUCAUCAGAGAGGAACGAGAAGAAGAAGAAAAGAAGAGAUUGAGCUAAAUCCUGAGAUGUAAUAACACGAUGCUUCUUUGACCCUUGCACUGCUCUAAAGAAGAACCAGUUUGUCUUUAGAGUUUUGCUUUUAGCAGCCUAAUCAAUGUAACUAGAGAAGGAUUGGUACUUUUGUUUUUGUGCAAGAUAUAUGUGUGGUUUUGAUAAUUUCAAAUGCAGAGAAGCUUGUGGGUUUUACGAGUUGCUGUAUAUUAAUUUUGGAAUAUUAUGUAUCGGUUUAACUUCCGGAGUAAAUCGCUAUGUAAUUAAUGUGCUGGGCUGUGGGUCUGUGGCGAUGAGCCAUAGCCACUGGCCCAUUGGUUAUAUGGAAUGACUUGAUUCAGAUCA